AUGCCUGACGCCAGAAUGUCGCACGCAUCCCAUCAUCAUCAUCACUCUCACUCUUCACACCCCUACCCUUCACACGGCCCUCCAUCUGGUUAUCCACCAUCGUCUUCUCAUUCACCAUACCCGCAACAAACCGUACAUCGCCAUCACUCUUCUCGACAUGUUUCCAACGGCCCACCUCCGGGAGUUAUCGGCGGACCUCAUCCUCCUCCUAUGACAAUGUCUGGUCCUCCCCCCGAAGCGAUCGGACCUCCUCCAGUAGUAGCUGUUGCCAACGGACAUAAUCAUCUUUCGGGUCCUCCUGGUCCUGCAAUAAGUCCAGCUGCUAGAGCGGCAAAGGAAAAGAUGGAAUCUUUGUUAGCUCAACUUGCCAAUGCUAAUGAAAACACUUGGAUGUUGAUUGGUGCCGUAGCAGAAGGAAUGAACAAUCCUGAUAGAGCUUUGACGGCAUUCGAAAACGCAUUACGACACAACCCCUCUUCAGUUCUAGGUUUGAAUGCUGUCGCCUCAAUCGCCAGGAGUAGAGACAACUUUGAUAAAGCGAUUGAAUACUUCCAAAGAAUAUUGAAUAUCAAUCAGGAGAAUGGAGAAGUCUGGGGUUCUAUGGGUCACUGCUUAUUGAUGAAAGACGAUCUACCAAAAGCAUACACUGCUUAUCAACAGGCUUUGUAUCAUCUCCCUAACCCUAAGGAACCUAAGCUGUGGUACGGUAUCGGUAUUCUCUAUGAUCGAUAUGGAUCUUUCGAGCACGCCGAAGAGGCAUUCUCUAGCGUUCUCAAGAUGGAUCCUAAUUUCGAGAAAGCAAAUGAGAUUUACUUCCGACUUGGUAUCAUAUACAAGCAUCAACGCAAAUUCCCAUCCUCUCUAGAAUGCUUCCGUUACAUCCUCAACAACCCGCCACGACCCCUCACAUCAUGGGAUAUCUGGUUCCAGCUUGGCCACGUUUACGAGCAAGACCGAGAUUAUGAGUCUGCCAGAGAUGCGUACAUGAGAGUUCUUAGUCAUCAACCUGAUCAUGCCAAAGUAUUACAACAACUUGGAUGGCUUCAUCAUCAACCUGGUGCUCCUUUCGCCGACCAGGACAAGGCAGUCGCAUUCCUUACUAAGAGUCUUGAAACUGACGGUACCGACGCACAAAGCUGGUAUCUCCUCGGUCGAGCAUUCAUGGCUGGUCAACGAUACAACAAAGCAUACGAAGCAUAUCAACAAGCAGUCUACCGAGAUGGUCGAAAUCCUACUUUCUGGUGUUCCAUCGGUGUUCUUUAUUAUCAAAUCAACCAAUACCGAGAUGCUUUGGAUGCGUAUUCUCGUGCUAUCCGAUUGAACCCUUAUAUCAGUGAAGUCUGGUACAAUCUUGGAAGUCUGUACGAAUCCUGCAACAAUCAAAUCACCGACGCCAUCGACGCUUAUUCUAGAGCCGCCGAGCUUGAUCCAACGAAUAACACCAUUAAACAACGACUCAACAUACUCCAAAACCAUGGCAACGCCCCUCUACCUCCAGCACCUGGCCCCGUCGACGUUCAUCCUUCUCAAUACAGCGCCACACCUACCGGACAGCAUCCUGCUGGAACUUCUCCAGGUCAAUCACCUCAUGGUCACCCCAGUCAACUACCACCGGGAGAGAUUCCUGCUGCGGGACGUGACUUGCCACCACCUCCACCUGGUAGCGAAUUUGGUCGACCGCAGUCACCUGGCCCAUUCAGAGGCGGAGCCGCACCUCCUCCCCUCGCCCACGUUGAUGAGAGUAGAGGGUCAAUGUCGAGACAUGCUCCUUUGGCUCCUAUCGAAGUGGACAGACCUGAUGGUCCUGCUACAAGGGAAAGAGUACCAGAACUUGCUCGUGAUGCACCGCAAUUCAAUGGUGGAGGAAGAUACGAUUCUGCCGGACGGCUUGUCGAAUCUCCUGCUUCUCCUCGACGUAGAGAUCCUUUCGGUAACGGCCCUCCAGGUUAUCCUCCUUAUCCCCCUUCGCAUCCUGGCUCUGCCUAUCCUCGUGAAAGGGACCGAGAAGAAUGGGAAAGAAACAGGGAGAGAACAAGAGCUUCACAGGGUGGUCCAGUCGACAUCCGGGGACCAUCACCUCGAAUGCAUGACCGAGCGCCUCACCCUCAAGUGGACCCAAGAAGACAACCUUCUCCUAGAAUACCUCCUGAAUUCCGAAAUGAUUACCAGCGACCUGGAGAGGCGUACCCGCCUCAGCAGUACCCUUACGAGCACAGAGGAUCUUAUUCUUCCGGACCUGACCCACGAUUCGAGCCUAAACGAGAAAUGGAAGACGCUCGACGUCAUGACGGAAGACGAUACGACGAACGAGAAGCUAAUGGUACCCUUCGUCACGAAACUGUUAAUCGUGAUCUGCGAGCAGAAGACAGUAGGGUGCCCAGUCCCGCUCCUUCAGCAAGUAGCAAAGCUGGGUCCAAGCGAAGGAGUGAGAAUGAGAAGUCUGGCGGUAGUGCCAAACGGACAAAGGACGACAAACCGCCAAGUAAACGAUCUUCAGGCGACAGUGCGAAGAAGGACAAAAUCAAAAGCGGACUUCGAGCCAGUCUGGAUGACGAAUCUCGUGGUGUAUCUCCUAGGCCAACAAACCCAAGCAGCCCUGGGUCUAUCAGGAGCACACCUCAACAGACACCUCAGAAGCCUGUUCCAUUUAGAACAGUCGAUGAAGAUUACGAUGAAGGUGCUGCCGAUGCUCUGAUGACUUUACACGGGGAUCGACCUCCAACCAGCAAAGAUAACUCGGUACGAAACGGUUCCCCUGCUUCUCCAAUCGAAGCGCCUAGCCCAGCAGCAACAUCAGUUCUCGGCUCGAAGAGACUUGACCCCCCUUCACCUUCUUCACCAGUCAACGCGCCGAAGAAAGCCAAAGGAGAAAAAUCAACCUCUCCUGCUGCUGCACCUGCCGCUAGACGAAUGAUCAUUGAAGUGCUCAAUACGCCUUCGAUUGGUUCCCCUUUACCGCGAUCGACGCCUGCAGAGGAGAAAACCGAAUUGGAUGCUAACAAGCCUGAUGGGAAGAUCGAAGAGGUCACAAACGCAACAGAGGAAGAAAUUGCAAAAGAGAAGGAAACCACUUCUGCCCCAGAAUCGGUAACGGAAACCAUAAAAUCAAACACUGCUCCAUCCGAAUCUACCCCUGCACCAGCUCAACCCGUUAUAGAAGAACAGGACAAGGAAGAGGACAAGGAAGAGGACAAGGAAGAGGACAAGCAUGAGGAGAAGGAGACUUCGAGACCUCCUACACCACCUCUUCCUGCAAAAUCACCUUCACCCAAAGAGCCUGCCUCUGAAGAGGACAAGAAUGGUGAUGUGGAAAUGGGAGAACCGGAAUCUGAGGCUGAGCCUCGAGAGAAAUCAGAAAACAAAAUUGAAGCAUCGACAACAGUGGAGAAAGAAGAGGAAGAAGGAGAAUUGAAAGAGAACGAAGAAGUAAAAACUGCUGAAUAA